AUAAAGUGGCGACCUCGGCCAAGAUUUGAUGAGUAUCCCCUUCCGGUUCGUCGCCGUGGUAACCGCAGCACAGCACAAUUCACUGGUUGUCUUGGACACACAUAGAGCGAAACAGUGGUGGCAGUAGCUGCAGAUGUCUGAGUCCGCAAUAGCUCUCAUCCAUUAGAUAUCUACAUUAGUACGGGCACAAUGACUCAAAGACUAGCUUUACAAGUUUUUGAGCAGUACCAGAAGGCUAGAGCACAAUUUGUACAAACAAUUGCAGAACUUGCAACAAGGCCACAAAAUAUUGAAACUCUCCAGAAUGCAGGUGUGAUGUCUCUUUUGAGGCCCCUCUUACUGGAUGUGGUUCCAAACAUUCAGCAGACGGCAGCUUUGGCACUGGGACGUCUAGCUAAUUACAAUGAUGAUCUGGCUGAGGCUGUUGUUAAGGGAGACAUUCUUCCGCAGCUUGUGUAUUCAUUGGCAGAACAAAAUCGUUUCUACAAGAAAGCGGCAGCCUUUGUGUUGAGAGCUGUAGCCAAACACUCUCCUCAAUUAGCCCAAGCAGUGGUGGAUUGUGGGGCCCUGGAUGCACUGGUGAUCUGCCUGGAAGAGUUUGAUCCUGGAGUCAAGGAAGCAGCAGCUUGGGCAUUGGGAUAUGUUGCACGUCACAAUGCAGAAUUGUCGCAAGCAGUGGUGGAUGCAGGAGCUGUUCCUCUUCUGGUUCUUUGUAUCCAGGAACCAGAGGUACCACUGAAAAGAAUUGCAGCAUCUGCACUAAGUGAUAUUGCUAAACAAUCCCCAGAGCUAGCUCAAACUGUAGUGGAUGCAGGGUCCAUUGCUCACCUAGCUCAGAUGAUCCUAAACCCUGAUGCUAAACUAAAGCGUCAAGUGUUUUCAGCUCUUGGUCAGAUUGCAAAACAUUCGGUGGAUCUGGCAGAAAUGGUCGUAGAAGCAGAAAUUUUUCCUGCUGUUCUAACAUGCUUGAAGGACUCAGAUGAAUUUGUGAAAAAAAAUGUUGCAACACUAAUUCGGGAAAUUGCCAAGCACACUCCUGAGCUGUCUCAGCUUAUUGUUAAUACUGGAGGUGUGGCUGCUGUCAUUGAUUAUAUCGGUGAUUCCAAAAGCAAUGUCAGGCUGCCUGGUAUUAUGAUGCUUGGUUAUGUGGCAGCUCACUCAGAGAACCUGGCAAUGGCAGUGAUUGUCUCCAAGGGGGUGCCUCAGUUGGCUAUCUGCCUGUCAGAAGAACCAGAAGACCACAUUAAGGCAGCGUCUGCUUGGGCCCUGGGGCAGAUAGGAAGACACACUCCAGAGCAUGCACGUGCUGUUGCUGUGGCAAAUGUUCUGCCAAAGCUCCUUGCACUCUACAUGCAGACUGGAAGCUCUGAAGACCUUCAGAUUAAGGCUAAAAAGGCCCUGAAAAAUAUCCUGCAGAAAUGCACAUAUCUGCCAGCUCUUGAUCCACUACUACAUGAUGCUCCUCCCAAUGUCCUUAAACAUGUUGUUGGACAAUAUAGUAAGGUACUACCACAUGAUGCCAAAGCCCGCCGUCUUUUUGUUACAAGUGGUGGACUGAAGAAGAUUCAAGAGAUUAAAGCAGAACCUGGUUCAGUUAUGCAGGAAUAUAUUAAUGGCAUUAACAACUGUUACCCAGAAGAAAUUGUCAGAUAUUACUCUCCCGGAUAUUCAGAUGCGCUGUUAGAAAGAGUGGAAAACUACCAACCAGCUCUUUGAGAAACACUGUGGAUAUUAUUUCAAUCUUUGGUUCUCCUGCUACUAAAGUCUUGAAGUCUCUACUCAUUUGCUAAUAUUUCCAAUAUAGCUUACAGUAAAUUAUGCCCUACGUUCCUGUCCAUCCCUUCUCACCUUUAAAGCAAAUUCAUCUCAAAUUUGAAAAUAAAAAUAAGCACCCUUACAAACAUAAAUGUAUAAUUCGUAUUUCAGUGUACCAGGGGGUUUUUACUGAUGGUUAUUUUUGCAAUACUUCACCUGUCUCAAUAAAAUUGCAUGUUUUACAAAAAGAAAUUUCUAUAUUAUGGUUAGACAGGCUGUAAAUUUUCAUCAAUAUUUGUGAAGCCAGGUUUCACUGGCCUCUAUUAUAUUCUGUGACCUGCAAAUUUAAACAUUUUAUGACCUUUUGAAGCUCCUUAGUUCAAUUACAGUAGUGAAGAUGGUGAUUCAGAUCUGAAAUGUUUGUUAUAGUCAGCUCUUUAUAAUUGUAUAUUGCUUUGAUUAUUCACCAAGAUUGCACGUCAGGUGGAGUGCAAUGAAAACUAUUAGGAUUAGUUUCAUUACUUCAAUAAAAUUAAUGCCUUCAAAA